UACUGCUUCACAGUGAGCUUCACAAAUUAAUUUUUUGGGGGUUUUGUCUAACCUUUUAUAUGUCUACUAUUACUAUGCUAAGGUUUUCCAAUCCUUUUAUUUAUUGAGAGGAAGGAAGCAAUGCUUCUCAGGUGCAUCCAGGUUUUACAGUGCUUCCUUUUAAAGUACUUGAGCAAUUCUUUUGCUUCUUUUGUUGUAACCAAAAACCCUCCAGUUACUGAUUGUCCUUGGCAAUUUCAGCUGCUGGCCAUUUUCCUAUGUCUCACCAUUAAGAUUAUAUUAGGUAUUUAAAUGCAUUCUGUGACAUGCUCGUAUUGAGGAUUGCUGCAUUAGUAGUUCAUGUGUGUACCCACAGGGAACAGUACUGUUCUUUCAGAGUUGGGUUUGUACCACCCCAUGAUGUUCUUGCUGGGGGGUAAGGAAAACUCUGUUCUGGUGUGGAGCAGCACACUGGUUAAGAACAUUGCUGCAGAGACCUGUAUGUGAUUGCGUGGUGAGGAAAGAAUUAAACAAAAGCUGACUAGCUGUUCUAGCCUCCUAAGUCGGAUUUACAGGAUUUAAGCAGAUCUGCUGGAAUUCCUUGGUCUUAUUCCUGUACCUUAUAGCUUGACUAUUAUACCAGUUCUGGGUAUAAUUGCUGUUAACUACUCCUUUUAGGCUUUCACUGUGGACGUAGCAUUAAUAUUUCAGCUGGUCCUGAUGAACAGUUGUCUUGCUAGCUCAGGAGAAAUAGGUUGAAUUCCAGAGAGCCAGGGACAUUUUAGAGAUGGCAUUUCUUGUUCAGAAGGGUCAAUACAGGAAAAUCUGGCGAAAUCAAGACAGACUCUGUAGGGAAUCGUAGACUUCCUGUAAUAGAACUAUGCAUAUAUCAUGGUGAGAAGGUGACUACUGUUAAAUAGCAGAUUUAGAUAUUUACAACUACUUCAAAUUUGCCCAUACAGGAAAGUUCAGGAUGUUUUGCCUUACCUGUAGAUACAUUACUGAUCUAAACUGCUGUUGUUAUAUUGGUAUAAUUCCCUUUUAGGUCUUCCUCUCCACCAUGGAGAGUAGUCAUGAGAAGCUUUUGAGAAUCCAAGAUCCACCUCUUGCAAGGAAUGUCAUUACGCGUGUGAGAAAAACAAGGGGAGUCUUGAAAUGGAAAAGGAACCCCGCUCCCUCCGGUGCGGAGCGGCUAGCGUGGGAAAGCAGACCCUGGCAGCUGAACGAGAAUGUGAUGCUUGAAGAACCUUCUGCUCACUUUGUACACGAGGGAUGGCAUUCUCCAAAAUACUCGGGCUCCUGGUAGAGCUUUCAAGUCUGCUAUCCUGUCUCAGAUGUGUGGAGGCUUUGCUGGGAUCCAAGCCCAACCAAAACCAUUUGCAGAGUGCAGCGCCCAGCGUGUGUGCUGUGGGGCCUCUCGGCUACUACAACGGCUCACUGGCGGUCACCGAGGUCGGGGCAGAGUGUCUCAACUGGGCAGAGUUCCCUGAUUAUGUCCAGCAGUACCCAGACCGUGGCCUGGGGGACCACAACUUCUGCAGGAACCCAGACGGGGGAACGACACCCUGGUGCUUCUACAGGCUUGUGUCAGGGGCCAUCGGCUGGGCCAACUGUGACUGUAACCAAGGUGCUGUGCGGUUGGCUGAAGACAGUACUGUGGAGCUGUACUUCAAUGGACGCUGGGGUACCAUCUGUGCUGACCACUGGACUGACUGGGAUGCCAGUGUUGUCUGCAGGCAGCUAGGUCUCAGUGAGAUCGGCACAGCUGGGAAGAAGAGUCGUUCUGGACCAUGGCCUGUUCCCCUGCACCUGCAGUCAGCAAACUGCCAUGGAGAUGAGGAAGCCCUGCUGCAGUGUGGCUAUCAGGAGGAUCUGUCAGGAGCUUGUAACCAGGGGAGUGCUGUGGUAACUUGUGUUCCUCCAGAAGGUGUAGGUGCCCCACUUCGUAUAGUUGGUGGUAAGGAGAGCUUUGAAGGGCGAGUGGAGGUUUACCAUGAUGGCAAGUGGGGAACCAUCUGUGAUGAUCAGUGGGACGACCGGGAUGCUGAAGUAGUCUGUAGGCAGCUGGGACUCAGUGGGACCCCAAAAGCCUUGUCAUGGGCUCACUACGGGCAGGGAUCUGGCCCAAUCCUGCUGGAUGAAGUGCAGUGCUCAGGGAAUGAACUCUCCCUUGAUCAGUGCAAGAAGAGUGACUGGGGACAGCAAAACUGUGACCACAUUGAAGACGCUGGGGUCUCCUGUGACCCUUUCACAGAGGGCACGGUCCGGCUGGCAGGCGGCCACAGCCCCAGCGAAGGCAGGGUGGAAGUGUACUACAAUGGAGACUGGGGCACAGUGUGCGAUGAUGGCUGGACAGACGUCGCUGCCCAAGUGGUCUGCAGGCAGCUGGGCUUCAGUGGUCCUGCUGCCCUGGCUUCUGAAGGAGACUAUGCUGCUGGCCAAGGCUUCAUCUUACUGGAUGAUGUGGCAUGUGUGGGGACAGAGCUGACUCUCCUGGACUGUCCCCACAGCAAGUGGGGGCAGCAUGACUGCUCUCAUGCUGAGGAUGUGGGAGUCCGCUGUUCCCCAGAAAGCAACACAGUCAUGGAUGGCAGCCUGGGGCCUCCUGUGCGGCUGGUGGAUGGAGAAAGCACCAAGGAGGGCCGGGUUGAGGUAUUGCUGAAUGGGCAGUGGGGCACUGUCUGUGAUGAUGACUGGACAGACAGAGAUGCUGCAGUGGUUUGCAGGCAACUGGGAUUCAGUGGUACAGCAAAAGCCAGGGCAAUGGCUUAUUUUGGUGAAGGUCAUGGGCCCAUCCAUCUGGACAAUGUAGAAUGCAGUGGCAUGGAGGACACCCUGGGGCAAUGUGCCAUGCCUGACACCAGGAUUCACAGCUGCUGGCACAGUGAGGAUGCUGGGGUGAUCUGUGACUAUGUGGAAGAAAAGGUCCAAGAUUUCAGGAGAACAGGUCCAGAGUCUGGUGUGUGUGGGAUGCGCCUGCUUCAUCGUCGCAAGAAAAGGAUCAUAGGUGGAAACAAGUCUCUGAGAGGCAGUUGGCCAUGGCAGGCCUCACUGCGGCUGAAGGGUUUUCGUCGAGAUACUCGUCUGCUGUGCGGAGCAACACUGAUCAGCAGCUGCUGGGUGGUGACUGCAGCCCACUGCUUCAAAAGGUUUGGUGUUGAUGUGCGGCGCUACCUCCUGCGCGUGGGCGAUUACCACACAGGUGUGAAGGAUGAGUUUGAGAGGGAGCUGCCCGUGGAGCGGAUUGUCCUGCACAGGAACUACUGGGCUGGCAGCAAUGAUAAUGACAUAGCCCUGGUCCGGAUGCGGGGCAGAGAAGGGCACUGUCUCUCCUUCAAUCACCAUGUUCUACCCAUCUGCCUGCCUGACAGGAGGGAGAGGUCUGACAUCAACAGGCAAGCCUGCAUCAUCUCUGGCUGGGGAGACACAGGGAAGUCCUAUUCCAGAACCCUGCUGCAGGGGGUGGUGCCCCUUCUCCCACGGGAAGACUGUGAGGCCCGCUAUGGGCGGAAGUUCACCAACCGCAUGAUUUGUGCUGGAAACCUCUCUGAAGAUAAACGGGUGGACAGCUGUCAGGGUGACAGUGGAGGGCCACUCAUGUGUCAGAGAUCAAGUGGACGCUGGAUCAUUUUGGGCAUCACUUCCUGGGGGUAUGGCUGUGGUCGGAAGGAUUCACCUGGUGUGUACACAAAGGUCAGCAAAUUUGUACCCUGGAUCAAGAAAGUGACCAAGCUAAAAUGAAAAUGACUGAGCUCUUGGAAUUUCAGCACAUCGUCCUUUUGCUCUGCAGCAGCAGAAAGCUGUGGCUUCUGGUCGAUGACUGAUGAAGAUUUAUUUUGACAUUGGACACUGGCAAAAGAUUUUAAUGUAGAACUGGAAAGAAAACAGUUAUGACUGAUUCUUUAAAGUCUUUCGUUUCACUUCAAUCUGAAUCUGUAAGCAGAGAAAGCAGGUGCACAGUGGUAACAAUGAUCAGUAUACAUUGCUCUAAAUAUCUGAAUCCUUUAAUGCAAUCACACAUUCUUUUGCCCUGGCACACAGAAAUGGUAGAAGUAGAGAGAUACCUAUUGCUGCAAAUCUAUUCAUGGUUGUAUGUUUGGACAGUUGAAACAUGCUGCAAGGAGAGGUAAGAUGCUUGGAAGAUGCCACCAUGGGCUGGCAUAGUGGAAAUCUUCAAAUUCUUUUUUUCAUAACAGCUCUCUUCAGUUCCAGGAAUCAGAAGAUGUGACCUGAGUUGAGGAACAGGCCAACAGUUGGGUUUUUUAGCUUCCCUGAUAUGUCUCUAGGGGGAACCUUUUCUCUUCUGAAUAGUAGGUCUGCUCCCACAGGAUCCCUUUCAAGUGAAUGCCUAGGCUAAGAGAUGCUUGUCCCUCCUGCUGUAAUCUUUUGUCACACAUUUCCAACUGCUAGAUGCUGUGGUUUUAUUGCUGCUUUUUGCUAUAGUAGUUUGUGUGUGUGAUUGGGCUUUUUUUUGUUUCCCCUAAGUAGCAUCUUCUAGAAUCAGUUGUUGGUGUGAGAGGCAGUAGCUUUCUUGCCCUCAUGAUUACUAUGAAGAACUUAAAAGACUGACCUCAGGUGGGUGAACAGACAUGUCAUUUUUUUCUUAAAUCCAAAUGUAACAUUAAUCUCAAACAUUCAGGCAUUGAAUCAUGAUUUAACAGCACUGUGGGGACUUCCUGCUGGUCUCUUAUUCAUCAUAGUUAUUAGUUGCCCUUUGUUUGUGCUGCUAGUCUUUAGUAUUUUUGUGUUCACAGUUUUCCAUGAAACAUGGAAUUACUUCUGGGGUAUAGAUACACCUCAAGCAAAUUACUCACUCCUUGUGAAAAAGAGUAAGUGUGCUGCAAAGCAGCUUCCCACUUUGGUGAAGUGUGUCCUAUUCUUGAAACCUCUGGGCCAUGCUUCCUUUUUUCUCUUCUUUGCACUCUUUCUCUUUUCAUUCCUCUCAGUGGGAGUAAACUGGAUUAACUUGAGGGUAUGCAAGCACUGUCAUCAAGCUGUAGUUCUCAGCCUGAGCAGAUACAAUGCUGAGAGAAAGCAGGGGUUAUUGAAUAUUACAAUUUCUUCCUUCUGUCUCAUCCAAACAAAUUAACAGAGUUCCCUCUUAUGCCUUAAGCACUUUUUAAAGUUAAUAUAUUAUUCUUGAGUCAUAAAAAAAAUAAGUAGACAGAAGGGCUAAGUGCCUUAAUAGCUGUGCAGUGCAGCAUCUUCUCACUGUGUUCAGAUAAGGCAGAGAGGAGACAGGUCUGUACAGGAGGAGGAGCAAAAAGCUUUGAUGUAUUACCAAGGGCUCGAAUGUGGAGGAUUAAUACAGGAUGUGGCAUGUGGAACUUGUGCCAGAUGUGCAUGUUUUGGGUAGGCAGUAACUGGGUCAGGCACUGACCUUCUGUCAGGUUUGCACUCAUGGCAUUGAGGUGUUCAGUACCUGGGUAUUACCAAUGCAAGAACAGAAGGCAGAGCACAGUCUGUGGGUUAGCAAUGUCAUAUUACAGGGCAUGUGGUGACAGAACUUAGAAAUUGCCUUGGCUUCAAGAAGUACUGAUUGCAUAAAGCUUUAAUUUGUCUUCUAUAAAUUAGCUUAAUGUAGAGGUGCUGACCUGACUAGGUGGCUGAUUUUUGUGUGUGAAGGCUAAACUAAACAGUUUCAUUUACCUUUUCCAGGUAUUAUAGGAUACUUGGACUAUCAGUGUUACAAUGGACUGUUCUAAAAUCCUGCUUGCAAACUUUAUUUUAAUGGAGAAUUGGCAGAAUCUUUAAAACAUGCAAUGUCAGGACCCCUGCAAACUGGCCUUUGAGACAAACCUGAUCUGUUUGUGCCUCUUCUUGAGGUCCUGGAUGUCUUCAGCACAGCUUUGUGCUGAUAACCCUGUUUAAAAUGCCAGACUUGAUUCCUUGGCAGCACUGUGCUUGGCUCCACGUGGGCAGUGUUGUCCUAUGGCUCUUGGCAGAGUCUCUAAAAAGCAAGCUGCAGACUGCUCCUUAUCUCCCAGGCAUUAAAAUGCCAAGAGGACUGAGAGCAAUUAUUCUCAUGUUGUGGGGAAUGAAAUGCCAAGUUCUAUACUGGCAGGAGAAGUACCUGUCUGGGAAACAUGGAGGGAUUUGACUUUUACCUUCAGCUUCCCCUGAGCCAGCGUGAUACAGCAGCUCAAAUGGAGUUUCUGUGCCUUGGGUGCUGUCACAUCUCUAGUUUAACCUGGUUUGAUCUUUCAGUUUAUACCCAUAACCCCAACAGGCAUAGAAACACCCAAAGGAUGACACUGGGAGGUUAUUUCCCUAAGCUUACUUAGCAAGUGCCCAUUCAGAAGUUAGCAUAAAUUUUUUUUUCAUGUAACACAAGUGAGAUGUGGGCCUGGCAUUGUCUUCCGAAAUUCCCAUGUUCUAGUUAAAAAUAUUUCUUUCUCCUAGAUCUUGUCACUAUGAAAGCUGUGAGAAUCCUUGUAAUUAACACCCUUUGAGUCCUGCAUGAGCCACGAGGAGGGAAGGAAGUAUCCAAUCUCCUUUGCCUGCUUUUAUACCUUACUGGUGCUGUAGGCAAGCCUGUCAGUACUCUCCUAGGUUGACCUGGCCUGUCUCAGGAUACAGGUGUUGCUCUUCACUGUUUAACCUGGGACUGUGGCCCAAACCAAGCUCAUGUGCUUUGCCACUGAGGCUUACUGGAACUGCCUGGUUGGAUGAACAGCACUCAGUCACCCUAAGAUUGUAUUUUGUAAUGUCGGACAGCAGCAGAUGUUUCAAAGGAUAGUAUGUGUGACUUGUGCUGAACAAGUUUUAACAACCUUUCCUUCUGGGGAAAUUUGUUCUUGACCCAUUUAAAUUAAUUACUUGCAUUACUAUUAUCAUCAUUAAAAAUGGAAGUACAAAUACUUGAUCCUCUAGGUGCUGUACAAACACUGUGCACUAUUCUUUUGUUAUUUUUUUUUCCUAAAGUGUAAGAGUUUAUAUCCCUAACUUUUAAAAACUGUUUAAUGUAAUCAGCCUUCAUCUUCCAUAUAAAUGUUUAAAUUUUUUUGUUUUAAUCUAACUAAGCUCUCAAUCCCAGUAUUCUCUGGCAAUGAAAAGCAUUAUAAUUUUAUUCUCCUUAGCACAUAAUUUCUUUUUAUGGUUCCUGAAUUAAUUGCCUUUUGUUUUCAUUAAGUACCAUCUGUCCUUGUGUUUUCAGCCACAAGAGGAAAUUAGGGGCCUGGCUUUAUAUUCUCUGUUAUGCAUUAUUGUAGCAAUAGUUCCUUUUCUAAGACUGUGGCUUCCCUGUCUCUCUUCUCUGUCUCUCUAUCAGAGACUGUCUAGGUCUCUGAUAACAUGCUGACUGUCUCUCUGUGUCUUCUCUUUCUGUUGGAUCUUUAAACUUUGGUAAACAACUGAAUGCAGUUUGCCAGGGGAGGCUGUAUCCCCUGCUGAUUAUUUGAGUACAGUUUUCUAUAGCAGGCAAUUCUGUAAGUGAUUUCAGUGCUGUGUCUGUAUGCUGGAGCUAGUUUAAACUUGCUAGUGUGGUCUUGGUGGCAGCCUUGCUUCAAGGGGAUGAAAACCCACUGAGGUUAGCUCCCCAUGUGUCUCAGGUAGGUGCAGCAGUCCCACUGAGCUCACAGACAUUGCUGUAGGUCUGUCUUGGGAGCUCUGGGCAGGGAGCACCUGGAGAGCUGUGUAGACCUUUCCCUGUGCUGACAUACAUGGAGGGCUGAGACAGUCCACCUUCACAGCAUUAGUCCAUUCCAUAAGGCUAAUGCAUGUGCACUGGUUCCAGAGAGCUCAGUCAGUGUUGCUGGGAGCUGCACUGUACCACAUGGAUGCUCUGAGAGAACUUUCCAUAGCAGAAUGGCACAUUGUGGUUGUGUGAGAAAGGGAACAACACUGUGAUUGGCUAGGAGCAUUGGCAGGAGUAGAAACAUGGCUAUUGUAAGGAUCUAAGGAGCAGCUCUUAGUGCUGCUCCUAUCCUUCUUUGAGAGAAUGCUGCAGUCCUCCAAAGGCUGCCCCAGUGCUCCAAAGGCUGCCUCAGUACUGGGGUCUUCCUAACCUGCAGUACCUGCAGUGGUACUGUCUCAAACCUGUUCACACUUUGACUACCUGAAGCUGGAUUAAAGAUUUAUCAGGUUCUUGUGGCUGAACACUGUUCUGAUGAUUUAUAUGAAUUAUGUUCUAUGCUAUAAUUAAUCAGGCAGCUGUUUAUUAACCUGGACAUGAUGUCAAUUAUCCUUCUAAUCUCUGUAAAUCUGUAGCAGAAAAUAACAGAUCAGUUUCUCUAAGGUAUGACUGGAGGCAUUGGUGAGGAACAAGCAAAGUGGGCAUUUGCUAUCUCAGGGGUAACAGAGGUAGAUCUGCCUUUUGUCCGUCUUCCUUUCUUUCUGAAGCCUGUAUCCUGAAGUCCUUUCACCCCAAAAAAGCUGCAGUGAUCCAUCGACCACUUGAAAAGAGAUUUUUAUGUGUAUAUUUGGCAACUAGAUGAAAACUUGGGAGAGAUGAAACUACACUGUGGUAUUUAAAACUAUCUUGAUAAGACUCACUGGGAGUUUCUCACAGUUAGAGAGAACAGAAUCACCUCUGGUGGUAACCAAGUUGGAACUACUCCUUGUAGAACAAGGCACUGUGACCUGGACUAAUGCACAUCUCCUGGGCUGCGUUUUCCCUUGUUUGGAAAAAUAUUUAAUUUUCCACAUCAGAAACUCAUUUGUGUAGUAGCCCACUCAAGUCCUAUUAAAAUCCUUUUCUACUAAGGGCUGAGUACCUCUGAAAUCAGUCAAGUGCCAAAGCUGUUACAUCCCCUGGAUCACCACCAAUGGCUCACAAGGUAUGCUAAUAAAUUGAUUAUACUGUGA